AUAUUCAGAAAAACUGUCUUAAUUUUUUACUCUCGCGUUUCGUGACCAUUUUUUUUUGAGAUUUUACUAUUUUCGCGCCAUCACUUCUCUUGGUCCAUAUUGGUCCAUAGAGAUACUAGGGAGACAAGUGGAGGAGAGAUUUUUUACUCUUUUUUCUCAUGAGAAACAGCUGAUUCUGCGUAUUGCGUACAAUACGUGCGCUUUAACGACUCACACAACGUUUUAAUAAUAAAACACAUAUAUGUAAAUGAUUGAGUGUGGAUGUGAAAUGUGAUUAUUGAAAGUUCUUUAAUCUCCACAACUACCAGAGUUUAUCGUGGAAUGUUCACUCUUUAUCUAAACAUUCAUUCCUUGAAAUAAAGUAAGAAUUUUAUUCGAUUUUCACAUUUACCUAAGUAUAAUGAAUUUGUCGCAAAAUUUUACUGCAGUGCGUGAAUAUAAGUGAAAUUGUCCGAUUUGACAUUUCAUUUUGACAGCUGGUGAAUCAUUAUUGGGGAGAAUUGUAAAGGAAAAUUCUAAUUUUCAACUGUCAAUUUCUUUGAAGGAAAAAAGUGUUGAGAAAUGAUUGAAGAAAUUAAAGAAUACAUGGAGUACAUUUUUGAGAUCUUUUGGAAACGAUAAAUGCGUUCAACUUGAAAGAUGUAAAAAAGUGAGGUUAGGUUCUCUUUGGAAUUAAUAGCUAUGAAGAGUCCCUCAUCGCAAUCUGUAAGCAAAAGUGUUAAUUUGGCCAAUGGACAUCAAAAUGGACAUUUGAAAAUUCUCGAUAGACAAAAAUCACGAACGAAUAAAUCGGGACGAAUUGAAACAACUAAUUUUCAUCCUCCAAAUAAUAGUUUGGGAAAACAGCAGUUGGUUUCUUUAAACGGAGGUACAAUAUGUUGCAACAGUGUAGAAAUCGACGAAGCUUUAGCUUGCGACGUGACACCAGUAACAACACCAAAAACAAAAAGCACUUGUGUACAUAUAAGAGAAAACAAAUGGUACGAUGCAGGCAAUACAAUUUCCGUUGGAGUUGCCGGAUCAAGUUUAAAUCAAACCCUCGAGAGUAUGCCGUUAACUUACAAUUCGUGCCUAAAAAAUAUCUACGAAGAAACACAAAACUCAAAUAUCUUUCAACAAACAAAUAAGAAUCAAACUUUCGAUUUCCCGAAUGAUUUCAAUAAAAACUCAUUCGUUAACUCUCGAGUCGAUGGCGAUUUAAAGGAGGAGACAAAUAGUUUGAAUGACAGUCCAAGAAAUAGUUUACCACUUUCCUGCAGUAGCACAGUUUCAUCUUUGAGUGAAUUUUCACCAUCGGGAAGUUUUCAAGAAGAACAACAGCAGCAACAGCAACAACAACAACAACAGCAAUUAUCGCCAGAAAAAGGUAAACUUUGGCCGUUGAAUACUUCUUUUGUGAAAAAUGUCUUCUCAUGGAAGAGUAAAGAACGUUCCCCAAGUGCCACGAGUCCAACAAGAAAUGUCGAUCGUAUUGGCGGUAGUCUUGCACUUAUUCAACAACCAAGACCUGCAAAUUUACCCGCAAAAAGUGCAAUCGAAGAGGAGAAUCACAGACGACAGUAUAAUGCAAUUUUAGAAGCGGCGAGAAAACGUGAAUUAAAAGAGGAGCGCGAGCGAAAAAAUCAAAGAGCACAACAAUUGCGCGAAGAACAAAGACUCGCUGAGGAUUCAUUGAUGUGGAAUACACAAGUUUUGUCACAAUUCGAAACAGUGAGGAAUACAAAAAAAGUACGUGAUCUAUGGUGGCGUGGUCUACCACCAAGUGUUCGUGGUAAAGUUUGGAAAUUGGCAAUGUCCAAUAAUUUGAAUAUAACGGCAAAUUUGUAUAAUCUCUGCUUGGAUCGUGCACUAUCGAAUCCAAUAAAUGAAACACUAGCGGCUAUAAAAUUAGAUGUUUCACGAACAUUUUCAUCGUUGUGUGUAUUUCAAGACGGUGGACCAUUAGCUGAAAGUUUACAGAGUGUAUUGGCAUCGUACGCUGUCUAUCGUCCCGAUAUUGGUUACGUACAGGGAAUGAGUUUCAUUGGCGGUGUUCUUACAUUAAAUAUGGAUGCAACCGAUGCGUUUACAUGUUUUGCAAAUCUUCUGAAUAGUCCCUGUCAUCAUGCGGCAUUUAGCUUGGAUCAAAAGCAAAUGAGUAUCUAUUAUAAGGUUUAUUCGAGUGCACUUGCCAAUAAAUUGCCAAAGAUCUAUUCUCAUUUUCAAAUUGCUGGCUUGAGUCCAGAUUUAUAUCUACUCGAUUGGUUGUACACUGUUUAUGCUAAGGCAAUGCCACUUGAUGUUGCAUCGAGAAUAUGGGAUAUAUUUUUACGCGAUGGCGAUGAAUUUUUAUUUCGCACUGCACUUGGUGUAUUGAAUUUGUAUCAGGAGGAAUUAUUGAAAAUGGACUUUGUCAGGGGAGCGCAAUUUUUAACAAGGCUACCGGAAAAUAUUCAAGCUGACGCUUUAUUUAACAGUAUUAGUCAAAUGUCAACAAGCGUUGGCACGACUACAUUCCAACAAAUGUUAGCUCAAAUUUCUUCAGUGUAAAAAAUGAAAAAAAAAAAAGAAAAUGCUUCCUUGUGAUAA